GUUAAGUAUUCUUUUGCCAGUUUUCUUUUACAAUUUAGGCUGGUCUGCCUUACAAACGAGUAUCUGUUCUGAUACUCUUCGAGAUGAGUUAGAAUCGAACCCGGGUGUCCCGGGACGUGCUCCUGUUGCCAGUUAAUUGUAAGCAAGUGUAGAUAUCUGCCCUAUCUUAUCACACUCAAACAAAAACCUUUGUAAUUGUCAUCCCCUGUCUUUAUUAAGCACGACAUCUGCAGCAGAUAAUGUAUAAAACUAGUUCAAGAAUCAUGGAUAUUAACGAUAACUUGAAGCUUCUUCGAGUCAUGCCAUGGAUUUAAUAAAUUUAAUUAGCCAGCCAGUAACAGCAAUAACAACAGCCUGGUGCUCAGCCUAGAUUAUAUCGAAAUCUUGUAAUUUAAACAUGUCCUGUUCUGGAAUCUGCAAAAACUCGAAAUGCAUCACCCUGGAUAUCCGAAUAUGCGCUUCAACUCUCUCCAUAGAUGCCCGCCUGGAUUCACUAGCUUCAUCUUUUCCUAAAACGUUUUCAGUAAUAUACAAAAUACUACUAAUUCAUAACCUGUCAUAUUUUUCGCGGUUAUAAGUUGACGCCUGAUGUGCACAAUAUUAAAUUUUUUUGAAAACAAAUUGUGAAGUGUAAGGAAAUGGAUGAAGCGACUGCAGUGCAGAAGGUGGUUGUGAUCCAGGAUGCGUCGAGAGAGGUGAGUUGGAGCGCAAUCCGAUAUGUGAUGACAAAUACACAACUCCUAAAGGCUGGAGAUGAACUCAUACUCAUUCCAGUUCUUCACCAGGUUAAUAAUCCUAGUACGUUAUCUUUCACCACUGCUAAAAAAAAGUUGGGGUACAAAAAUAAGGUAGAUUCGAGUUCCAUGUUUGGAUCCAACUCAAAAAUGGUAGCGGAAGAAGUCUGCAGAAUCGAUGAGCUAUAUCGCAAGACUGCUGACAUGAAGCAGAUCUCCAUGCAAUGUGAACAGCAGAAGAAUUUUCAGAUAAAGUUGGUCUUGAAGGUAUAUGCUGGACAAUCGGCUAGGGUGGUUGCUAUAGAAGCUGCAUUAAAUCUCGAGGCAACAUGGGUGGUUCUUGACAGGCAGAUGAAGAAAGACAAGAAAUACUUCAUGGAGAAGCUGUCAUGUGGAAUCUCCAGAAUGAAACGUGAUAACACCAUUGAAAAACUAAGAGGGCCUAAAACACUAGAAAGCACAUUACUUGUAGGAGAAAAAAGCACUAGUGGCUAUGUGUCGUACGGGGAGAUGAUACCAGAUAGCUGUAACAAUGAUCUUUCUCCACAGAACUCUCCAUCUGCCCAAGAACAGGCCUCGGGGAACAAGCUAAGUUUUGGUGAUAUUUGUAAAGCACCCCGACUGGAUUCACAUCACAAAUCCUAUGUAUCAUCGUCUAAAUCAUCAUUUAGUACUGAUCACACGAUGUGGUCGAGUACAAUUCCAAGCUCAGCAAGUACUAGCAAUACAGAAGGCUCAAGUUCCAGUUUCGUUGAAGUAAACAAUUUCUUAUCAACCUUCCACAAGGAUCAAAAAUACCAUAAACUCAAUGCCAAAGAUCCGGAGAAGGAGCAGGAAUUCCAAAAUGCCAUAUGCUCGGUUUGUAAGAACAGACGGCCAAAGUCUGGAUGGAAGAGGGAUUUCAGUUACGCAGAGCUUCAUGAAGCUACAGAUGGGUUUUCAGACAAAAAUUUCCUAUCAGAAGGUGGUUUUGGAUGUGUGUACAAAGGAAGGCUUAAAAAUGGGCUACAGGUUGCUGUCAAACAGCAUAAAGAUGCAAGCCUCCAAGGGGAGAAAGAGUUUAAAUCUGAAGUUUAUGUAUUAAGCAAGGCAAGGCAUCAAAAUUUGGUAAUGCUGCUUGGAUCGUGCUCAGAAGGAAGCCACAGGCUACUUGUGUACGAGUACGUCUGUGAUGGUUCACUAGACCAACACUUAUCAAAACACACCAAGAAACCUUUGAAUUGGGGCAAAAGAAUAAAAAUAGCACUGGGAGCGGCAGAAGGUUUAGAGUUUCUCCAGAAAAACAAAAUCAUUCACAGAGAUGUGAGACCGAACAACAUUCUUGUAACUCAUGAUCAUGAGUCACUGUUAGGAGAUUUUGGUCUCGCAAGAAAUCAAUAUGAUGAUUUAGAAAACCCCUCAGAGAACAGUGUCGUUGGUACUCUUGGAUAUGUGGCUCCGGAGUAUGCAGAAUGUGGGAAAGCAUCAACCAAAACAGAUGUGUAUUCAUUUGGGGUGGUUCUGUUACAAUUGAUUACAGGACUAAGGACCACAGACAAGUCUCUAGGAGCAAAAAGUCUGGUUGGAUGGGCCAGACCACUGCUGAAAGAGAAGAACUACCCAGAUUUAAUUGACAGCAGGAUUGGAGACUCCUUUGAUGUUCACCAACUGUUUUGGAUGGUGAGGCUAGCAGAAAAAUGCCUGAGCUUGGACCCUUCUAAAAGAUACAAUAUGACAAGGGUGGUUAAUGCUUUACACUACAUAAUGGAGAGCAACACAAGCUUCAUCAAGGACUUCUCUCCAACACAGUCAGAUUCACUGAACAGCACAACAGAAUCAACCCAAUCACAAGCUGGUUCAAGAACAUAUGAAUCCAAGGAAGACACUGAACAAGGCAAAAAAUUAAAAAUAGACGACGUAUUUGCAAGUUCCAAGACUGCAGUUUCAGUUUCUGAAGAUCAUUAUGAUUAUGGAGAAAGUGAAGCAGCUGCUCUAGAAAAAAAUGGCCUUCUUUAUAACGAGAUGAUCAUCUAAUUCUGUACGACUCCAAUUAUGCUUUAUACAUUUGUUUCAAGUCCCCUCGUCACCUCUUUACUCAACUUAUGUUCAGCUAAGAUGAUUAGCCUAAAAUAUUUGCCGACUUAGCCAAUUAGCCUAUUAGUGCAAUGUAUAGGUAUGAAACUAAAAUAAAGUGUAUCCUGUUCAUGAUUAGUCGAGUAACAUGGAAUUGAGGUUUUACCAAUACAUGUGAAAGACAACAUUUUCAAUUAUAUUCAUCUCAAUGGCUUAAAACUGUUUACAAUCUUAUGCUAUACUAGUUUCAAAUU